GGCGGGGGCCCGGGCCAGGACGCGGAGCCGGGGCCAGCGACCCGAGCCCGAGAGCGGCGGCUCUGAGGGCGGCGGACCUCCCCGCGCUGGGGGCGCCUCCGACGCCAGCAUGCAGCGCCCGGGUCCCCGCCUGUGGCUGGUCCUGCAGGUGAUGGGGUCGUGCGCCGCCAUCAGCUCCAUGGACAUGGAGCGCCCGGGCGACGGCAAGUGCCAGCCCAUCGAGAUCCCGAUGUGCAAGGACAUCGGCUACAACACCACCCGCAUGCCCAACCUGAUGGGCCACGAGAACCAGCGCGAGGCCGCCAUCCAGCUGCACGAGUUCGCGCCGCUCGUGGAGUACGGCUGCCACGGCCACCUCCGCUUCUUCCUGUGCUCGCUGUACGCGCCCAUGUGCACCGAGCAGGUCUCCGCCCCCAUCCCCGCGUGCCGCGUCAUGUGCGAGCAGGCCCGGCUCAAGUGCUCCCCGAUCAUGGAGCAGUUCAACUUCAGGUGGCCCGACUCGCUGGACUGCGGCAAGCUCCCCAACAAGAACGACCCCAACUACCUGUGCAUGGAGGCGCCCAACAACGGCUCGGAGGAGCCGGCGCGCGGCUCGGGCAUGUUCCCGCCGCUCUUCCGGCCGCAGCGGCCCGCGGGCGCGCAGGAGCACCCGCCGAAGGACGGCGGUCCGGGGCGCGCCGGCUGCGCCAACCCCGGCAAGUUCCACCACGUGGAGAAGAGCGCGUCGUGCGCGCCGCUCUGCACGCCCGGCGUGGACGUGUACUGGAGCCGCGACGACAAGCGGUUCGCCGUGGUCUGGCUGGCGGUGUGGUCGGUCCUGUGCUUCUUCUCCAGCGCCUUCACCGUGCUCACCUUCCUCAUCGACCCCGACCGCUUCCGCUACCCCGAGCGCCCCAUCAUCUUCCUCUCCAUGUGCUACUGCGUGUCCUCGCUGGGGUACAUUAUCCGCCUCUUCGCCGGCGCCGAGAGCAUCGCCUGCGACCGGGACAGCGGGCAGCUCUACGUCAUCCAGGAGGGGCUGGAGAGCACGGGCUGCACCCUCGUCUUCCUGGUGCUCUACUACUUCGGCAUGGCCAGCUCGCUCUGGUGGGUGAUCCUCACGCUCACCUGGUUCCUGGCCGCCGGCAAGAAGUGGGGCCACGAGGCCAUCGAGGCCAACAGCAGCUACUUCCACCUGGCGGCCUGGGCCAUCCCCGCGGUGAAGACCAUCCUGAUCCUGGUGCUGCGCAGGGUGGCGGGGGACGAGCUCACCGGCGUCUGCUACGUGGGCAGCAUGGACGUGAACGCGCUCACCGGCUUCGUGCUCGUCCCCCUGGCCUGCUACCUCGUCCUGGGCACGUCCUUCAUCCUGUCGGGCUUCGUGGCCCUCUUCCACAUCCGCCGGGUGAUGAAGACGGGCGGGGAGAACACGGACAAGCUGGAGAAGCUCAUGGUGCGCAUCGGGGUGUUCUCGGUGCUGUACACCGUGCCCGCCACCUGCGUGAUCGCCUGCUACUUCUAUGAGCGCCUCAACAUGGAGUACUGGAAGGCGCUGGCCGCGCAGCGCAAGUGCCGGGUCAACAACCAGACCAAGAGCCUGGACUGCCUCCUGGCCGCGUCCAUCCCGGCCGUGGAGAUCUUCCUGGUGAAGAUCUUCAUGCUGCUGGUGGUGGGCAUCACCAGCGGCGUGUGGAUCUGGACCGCCAAGACGCUGCAGUCCUGGCGGGGCGUCUGCAGCCGCCGCUUCAAGAAGAGGAACAGGCGGAAACCCGCCAGCGUCAUCGCCCACGGUGGGAUUUACAAAAAAGCCCAGCACCCCCCGAAAACGUACCUGGGGAAAUACGAGGUCCCGGCCCAGCCCCCCACCUGUGUGUGAAGCGCUGGGGGGUGGGGGGGGCGGGAGUGGAACACCCUCCCCGGAGGGCUCCCGGGGGCUGCCGAGCCUGGCCCAGAGUGCUCUGCUCCGUCGGUGGGCUGGUCGGGUGGGUUGUUUUUUUUUUUUUUUAAUAAAAGUAAAAGAAAAAAAAA